UACGUCACUUCCGCCUCGGUAGCAGUAGAACAAGAUGGCGGCUGUGUUGGAGCGAGUGGACGUAUGUGUCGCUCCAGCGGACUCGGAGCCAUUGACGCCGCGUCAGAACAGUCCCCUACCUGAGCAGCAUCAGAACAACCCCCUGCUCGGACUGCCUAUUGUUGCGAUCGAAGCCAUCCUCAACUUCCUGUCCUAUGACGAGAUUAGCCUUCUGCGUGCGGUGUGCAAGCGUAUGGACACGAUCUGCCAGCGUGUCCUGAACCAAGGCUUUUUGAAAGUGGAGAGGUACCAUAGUCUGUGUCAGAGACAAGUAAAAGCCCAGUUGCCCAGGCGGGAGUCUGAGAGAAGGAACCACUCCCUUGCUCGACACGCAGACAUCCUGGCAGCCGUGGAGACACGCCUCUCCCUGCUCAACAUGACCUUCAUGAAGUAUGUGGACUCCAACCUCUGCUGUUUCAUUCCUGGGAAGGUCAUCGAUGAGAUUUACCGUGUGCUGCGCUAUGUGAAUUGUACCCGAGCCCCCCAGAGAGCUCACGAAGUUCUUCAGGAGCUGAGGGACAUCUCCUCCAUGGCCAUGGAGUACUUUGAUGAGAAAAUUGUCCCUAUUCUAAAGAAAAAACUACCAGGAACUGAUCUGUCCGGCCGCCUCAUCGGCUCUACUCCAGUGGCUGGACCAUCCACAUCGCUGACCACCAUGUCCCUACUGGCCAAGAACACACCGUCUCGCUCGGAGAUGACGAAGGUACAGCAGCAAGUGAAGGUGAACGGCGCUUCCAUGACGGCUCUGCGCAGAGAAAUGCAGGAGGUCCGUUUGAAGCAGCUAGAGCAGCAGAAGCAGCUGCAGGACCAGGAACAAAAGCUGCUGGAGCAGAGUCAAGUGAUCGCUGAGCAGAAUGCUCGCCUCGGAGAGCUUGAGCACAAGCUCCGUGAGAUCCUGGACAGCCGUGCCGCCACCAUAGGGAGGAGGGGGUCUGCUGCUGCUGUGUCCUCCACAUCAUCUGCUGUGCCAAGCACGCCUACUACUGCGCUGACUGAUAGCCGAGCCUCACUUGCAGAAGCAGACGACAGCUCGUCGCUGAAGCGAGCCCAGAGCCCAGAGCUUCCCCGACAGUCCAAACGACUGCGCAGGAGGAAGUGAGACUAGACGCUCUGCCCAUUUUUGUGUCCAAGGCUUACCUCACAUAUCAACUCCCCAUAUUGAUCCUUAAACCACCAACUGUCUGUCUCAACAACCCAUGUUUGCAUAUGGACCUUCAAGGAUGUUGGCUGCUGACUCAAGCGGGAAAUUUUAAAUGAUUGGAAAUGCCAAAAAGACCUGAAUGCAUAGGAAAACUCUCCUGAUAUGCAUUUGAUGCCCUCAGACAGAACAUGAGGACCUGAAGGAGGUUCUGCUGAGGUAGACCUCUGGUUAUGAGGCCAGCGGCAGGAAUGAUGCUCAAAAAUACUUUUGUGUCUGCUUUAAAAUGAAAAUCAAAAUAUUUUUAUUUAAGACACAAACAGGAGGAUCGUAGUUCAGAUCCUCCUCAGGACUGUUGAGACACUUUUGGUCUAUUUUGUAGAGCUCCAUCUGAGACCUUAGCUUCUGUGUCAAAGUUGGGCCAGCCUUGAAAUGUUUUGCACGAAUGAGCACACAGGAAGAUAAAUUUUUCGGUUCUAUCAACUUUAACACGGAGUAGAAGUCCCUCAGCCCUGCCCUGAAGAAGGACUUACUAGAAAGUUGGCUGCUUCACAAACUUGUUUGCUUCUCUACUUUCUUGUUAAAAGCAUCACUGUGGCCCACGUGCACAUGUGCAUUGGACCUCCUUUCAGUUGUCAUCUUCAUUAGAAAACUGUUAUCUUCAUGUCUUUGAAGCUGUGGAUGAAUUCUCAUGUAUUUGAAGGACAUUUCAGUCAGAUGUAUCUAUUAAAUCUUAAUAUAAGGAUACCUGCA